AUGAGAGAAAUAAUUUCUAUUCAUAUUGGACAAGCAGGCUCUCAGAUCGGAAACACUUGUUGGGAUUUAUUGUGUUUGGAACAUGGAAUUGAUUCUUCAACUGGUGCUAAAAUUCACAAUCAUUCUGCAGCUGAUAAAUAUUUCUUUUCCGAGUCAAUGGACGGAACGAUGAGAGCAAGAGCAUUAUUCGUUGAUUUGGAUUCUGAAAUUAUUGAUAAAAUCAGAUCAGGAAAUAAUAAUAUUUAUGAUGGUGAGAGUUUAAUUAGUGGCAAUGAAAAUACGGCCAAUAAUUUUGCUAAAGGAAGAGGAGUUGGAGGAAAUUUAGUUUUGGAAAAUUGUUUGGAAAGAAUUGAGAAAAUGGUUGAAGAAUGUGACGCAUUACAGGGUUUCUUAAUAACCUCAUCUCUUAAUGGAGGAACUGGCUCUGGUUUUAGAGAUUUAUUGAUGGAGAGACUAGCACCAGGGUUUGAGAAAAAGUGUAAAUUAAGUUUUGAUAUUUUAGCUUCACCAAGUUCUGUAUCUUCAUGUGUGGAAUCAUACAAUGUCCUAUUUGGAAUGAAUUCCAUUCGUGAGUAUUCGGAUGCUUCAGUUAUUGUGGAAAAUGAAGCUUUAAUUGACAUUUGUAAAAACAAGCUGAAUGUAGAGCACCCAAAGAUGACAGAUUUGAAUGAAAUUAUUGCAAAUGCAAUCUCCUCGGCUACAAUAUCAGUAAGGAGAGAAGGAAGUUUGAAUUCAUCUAUUUCUGAAAUAAUGACAAAUCUUGUCCCGUACCCGCCUGUUAAAUAUCUUAUCAAUUCAAUGAGUCCUUUGUACCCUAAGGAAUUUGUUUUCUGUAGUUAUGAGAAACCAACUAUUACUGAGCUUACUGAAAGUUGUUUUAUGGAUAAAUAUUCAGUGAUGACUAAUUGCAAUUUAAUGGACGGCAAAUUCAUGGUGUGCACUGUCCAAUACAGAGGGGAUAUUUGCAUUAGACAUGUUAGCUCUGCCAUAGCCAAGAUCAAGACAUCCAGAGAAAUUAAAUUUGUUGACUGGUGCCCAGCUGGUUUUAAAUGUGGAAUUCAUGAUGGUCCUCUGUCGAAUAUUCCUGGUGGAAAUAUUUGUUACAGAGAUAGGGAUGUUAACAUGUUGUCAAACUCCACCAGCAUAAGCCAAACUUUUUCCAGAAUCGAGAAAAAUUUUGAUGAAUUAUACUCUGAAAGAUCAUUCGUACACAGGUAUCUUGAGGAAGGAGCAGAAGAAAUAGAAUUCACACAAUGUAGAGAAGAAAUACGAUCUGUUCAAAAUGAUUAUAUUGAAAUAAGCGAAGAAACUGAUUAUGAAGAGGAAGUUUAG